CAGCUCAAUACCAAUUCCUGAUAAUCACCUGAGCUGCAACCAUGGACGACGAUGAUGCCGAUUAUAUGCAAGGAAGCGACGAUGAGGACUACGACUUUGACUACUCAGACAACGACGAUGGAAACGAGUCGGGAAGUGCAGACGUCGAGAAUAUGUACUAUGUGGCGAAAUCAAAGAAGGAAGAUAACCCUGAACUUGCAUUGAAAGAGUUUAGAGCGAUAGUGGAUCAGGAGGAGGAAAAAGGCGAUUGGGGUUUCAAAGCUCUCAAACAGUCAACAAAACUUCUGUUCCUAACCCUACGCAGACCACACGACGCCCUCAAGACUUAUGAAGAACUCCUUACAUACACAAAGUCUGCUGUGACGCGAAACUACUCCGAGAAGACGAUCAAUGGUAUCCUUGACUAUGUUGGCGGUGGUAAAGGUGGUCCGAUAGAGGUUGAGAUCCUCGAAAAGUUCUAUCAAGCGACGAAGAAGGCUUUGGAGGAGGCCAAGAACGACCGACUAUCAGCAAAGACCAACCUCAAGCUGGCCAAACUAUGGUUGGAUCGGAAAGAGUACAGCCGGCUGUCCAAGUUGAUAAGGGACUUGCACGCAGCGACAGCAGCAUCCAGUGACGCUGAUGAUCAAUCGCAACGGGGAACCCAGCUUCUCGAAAUCUACGCUCUUGAAAUUCAAAUGUACAACGAGACCAAGAACUACAAGAAGCUGAAGGAAAUCUACAACGCCAGUAACAAUGUACGAUCCGCCAUCCCACAUCCAAGGAUCAUGGGUGUGAUCAAGGAAUGCGGUGGAAAGAUGUGGAUGGGUGAACGUCAAUGGAACCGAGCAAGCGAAGAUUUCUUCGAGUCUUUCCGCAACUACGAUGAAGCAGGCUCCCCACAGCGAAUCCAAGUCCUCAAAUACCUCGUCUUGGCCAACAUGCUCACGGGAAGCGAAGUCAAUCCUUUCGACAGUCAAGAGACCAAGCCGUACAAGAACGAUCCUCAGAUCAAGGCAAUGACAGACUUGGUCGAUGCUUACCAGCGGCGUGAAGUCCAUUCUGCGGAGAAGAUUCUCAAGGACAAUCGGUCAACUAUCAUGGAUGACCCGUUCAUCCGAUCGUACAUUGGCGAACUGCUCCGUAGCUUGCGAACGCAGUACCUCAUCGACCUCAUCAAGCCAUACACUCGAUUGGAACUUUCGUUCCUGGCCAAGCAAUUGGGUGUCGACAUCCAAGAGGUCGAAGAGCUCCUUAUCGGACUCAUAUUGGAAGGCAAAGUCGAGGGGAAGAUUGAUCAAGUAGGCAUGCGUCUCGAACUGGACAGACAUCAAAGCUUGGAGAAGAAACGGUACGCUGCCCUCACUAAGUGGACGGAAGCUCUCGAAGGCGUCCAUGGUGCAGUUGUCGGGAAAACCGCAGUGACGUCAAGAAGCGACCCGACAGGCAUGUUAGGCGGUGAAGGCUUCAGGGAGGAACGAUGGUAGUCCCGUGCCAUCAUCCCGUUGUCGUUGUCUUUCCUACACUCUCGUCUCCCACUCACUCACUGCAUCCAAUCACACGCAAGUUGUACUAUAGUCAUUCAAUGAAUUUUCCGAAACGA